CGAUCGAUUAGAACACGAGUGUGGGCAGUCAUCAUUGAAGCGCCGUGAUCGCCGGCAAACCUCCCGUCGCUCUCCCAUUUGGCAAUGCUACGCUCUGUGACCAAGUACUCCUUUCUUCGGCGCAAGGUUCCUGCCCCGUCUUCCUCCUCCCUGUGGCUGCGCAUGACGCACACGGCGACGGAGGAAGGAAAGUCGACCGAUCGGGUUCGCAUUGUGGUUGUGGGCACCGGUUGGGCCGGGUACAAGCUUCUCGUAAAAGGGAACGAGCGCCGCGAUGACAUUGAGCAUGCUCUGGGGAAACCAGUCGACUUUGUCGUGAUCUCGGAACGCAAUCACUUUUUGUACACACCGCUGUUAGCUAGCACGACCGUCGGGUACUCCAAGUUGCAUUCGUUUACCGCAUGCCUAACGUCUUGCCGUCGGUAGCACGCUCGAGUUCCGAUCGAUCACCGAGCCCGUGCGCGAGUCGUCCUUUCGCCGCGAACAAGACUUUAUCAUGGCCAGUGUGCAGUCCAUUGAUACAGACUCGAAGCAAGUGCAGUGCAAGAGCACGUUAUCGGACGAUCUCCGGUACAACAUCAACUACGACAUGUUGGUCGUGGCGUGUGGCUCCGUGCCGUCGACGUUUGGCCUCCCUGGCGUGGUUGAGCACGCGUUUUUCCUCAAGGAAGUGCACCAUGCGCGGGCGAUUCGGCGCCGCAUCCUCGAGAACUUUGAGCUCGCAACGCAGCCGGGGGUGUCGGAGGCGACACAGCGACAGCUCCUGCACUUCAUUGUCGUUGGCGGCGGGCCGACUGGGAUUGAGUUUUGCGCCGAGCUGUACGACUUUGUCAAUGAAGACCUUACGCGGCUAUAUCCGCAGGUGUCGAAUUUCCUCCAAGUGUCGCUGAUAGAUGCAGGCCAAAUCCUGUCUAUGUUCAACGCUUCGCUGCGAGAACGCGCCAUGCGAAAGAUUGAGCACCGCUCGAGCAUGCACGUGAUCAAGCACAACUGCAAAGAGGUGCGAGCCGACGCAGUGGUGCUGGACACUGGCGAGGUCAUUCCGUGCGGGUUGGUCGUGUGGACGGCGGGAGUCGGCCCCAACACCCUGACGAAAUCGUUGCCGUGGGCCAAGUCGAAGCGCGGAAACAUCCUGACCAACCAGUUUUGCCAGGUUCUCGGGGUGGAGCCGUCGCCGCACGACUCGAAAUCCUUCCUGGGCCUCGAAAACCCGUCAGCAGUGUUUGCUAUUGGCGACUGCGCCGACAUUGAAGACUACCCUCUUCCGGCGACGGCGCAAAAGGCGCAAGGCCAGGCGCUGUAUUUGCUCGGGCUCCUGCAAAAGGACAAACCAAGCGUCGAGCCAUAUCGAUUCCAAAGCCUCGGUAUGAUGGCGUACUUGGGCUCGUACGAAGGGCUGUUCCAGGCGAAAGACGUCACGAUCAACAAGCAACAUCAGCCGCUCGCCAAGUUUGACGGGUGGAAGGCAUGGCUGCUGUGGCGCAGCGCAUACCUCACCAAGCUCGGGAGCUGGCGGCUACGGCUGCAAGUGCCUCUCGAUUGGUUCAAGGCCAUGGUGGUCGGCCGCGACGUUUCUCGCUUCUAGAGCUGCGCCUCCAUACAAACCGCGCUAGGUUGUGCAACAACUAUACAUGCCGAUUCUGAGCUUCUCGCAAUUCUGGGACAGACCAUCCAUGCUCUUGGAAAGCCACGUUAGCCUCUGGCUCAGCGACGGCGGACCAUCAUCCACCAUGGCUCGGUGUCAUGAACAAAAGGCAUUGGACACAUUCCGGCUGAAGGUGUCGAUCCGAACCGCUUCGGGGAGCAGACAUCACGGCCAGAAACUUGAUCGGAUUCUAUGACUGACCGAGUUCUAUUGAGCUUUAUAUAGUGGUGCUGAUCAACGUCAA